AGUAAGAAGUUUCAGGAAAUGCGGCGAACCUAUAAUACUCCUUUUUCUAAGCUCCAAUUAUGCGUAAUCGUUAUUGGAAUUAUUGUUAUUGUGAUAUUUCUUGGCCUGCUAAAACCAAAAGAUUUUAUAAGCACCGUUGAUGAACACAAAGUGAUAAAUCUGAAAUCAACUCGUUUCGUUGGUGCAGGAAAGUUAAUCCUACUUUCAAUGGGCAAAGUACCUUAUCAGGAAAUUGAAGAGUCAGUUUACAAUAUAUUUGGUUACAAAACAAAAGCAUAUAAGAGUCCGUUUUCUAUUCUACAGCAGAUUCAACCAAAAACUUGUGCUGAGGUUUUCCUUGCUUUAACACUCUUGCCAUGGUUCAUAAGUAUAUCUUAA